AUGUACGCCUGUGCGAAGUUCAUCACUACUCAUGCACUGGUCCGUUCUGGAUCCACUGCCUUAUACAGACCCCUCUCUGCGUCUGUGCUUUCCCAACCGGAUGUCAGAACAGGAGAGGUGAGUGUCUACUUUACUGCCCUUGUGCCACAGAGCACCUUUUUCCAGGUAGCACUGAGGGGUUUCCAGACUAGCGCCGUGAGCAGAGACAUUGACACAGCAGCCAAGUCCAUUGGUGCGAGAGCUGCCACAGUUGGAGUGGCCGGUUCUGGUGCUGGAAUCGGGACUGUGUUCGGCAGCCUUAUCAUCGGAUAUGCAAGGAACCCCUCCCUAAAACAGCAGCUUUUCUCUUAAGCUAUCCUGGGAUUUGCCCUCUGAAGCCAUGGGUCUGUUCUGCUUGAUGGUUGCUUUCCUGAUCCUGUUUGCAAUGUAAAUAUGUCUUCUGCAGAUGGUGAUCAUGAUUUUGAAACUACAGCUGUGACUACCUAUUUUACUCGAGCAACCAAAAUUGUUCC